AUGUCGGCUGGAAUGCCGUACGGGCUCCAAGCCAUGCUGAAGGAUGGUCACAAGCACUUAUCCGGCCUGGACGAAGCGGUGAUUAAAAACAUCGAAGCGUGCCGAGAGCUUUCGAAAAUCGCGAGAACGAGUCUCGGCCCGAACGGCAUGAACAAGAUGGUCAUCAACCAUCUGGAAAAAUUAUUCGUGACGUCGGAUACGGCGGUGAUCGUGAGAGAGUUAGAAGUGGCACACCCAGCGGCGAGAGUCGUGGUGAUGGCUGCGGAAGCGCAGGAGAGGGAAGUCGGGGACGGGACGAACUUUGUGGUGUCGUUUGCCGGGGAGUUGUUGAGUCUCGCCGAGGAGUUGAUUCGGGACGGGUUGCACCCGAGCGAGAUCAGAGACGGGUAUCAGAAAGCGUUGGAGAAGUGUUUGGAGUGGUUGAAUGAGGAGUUAGCUAUUGAAGGGACGGAGACGAUGGAUGUGAGAGAUAAAGUGGCCGUGGCGAAACGGUUGAAAGGGACGUUGAGUUCGAAACAGAGCGGGUACGAGGAACAGUUGGCGAGUAUCGUCGCCGAGGCGUGCGUGGACGUGUGCCCGAAGAAGAACGCGAAGAAUUUUAACGUGGAAGACGUGAGGACGGCAAAAAUUGUCGGCGGAAACAUUAACGACGUGCAAACGAUUCACGGGAUGGUCAUACGGAGAAACGUGGAAGGGUCCGUCCGACACGUAGAAAACGCCAAGGUGGCCGUGUUUGGGUGCGCCGUGGACACGCAAGCCACGGAGACGAAAGGCACGGUUUUGAUUCAAAGCGGUAAAGAUUUAGAGGAAUAUUCUAAAGGCGAGGAGCUGCAAGUGGAGAAGUACAUCGACGAAAUCGUCGAAAGUGGCUGUAAAGUCGUGUUCACCGGUCAAUCUUUCGGCGAUUUGGCGUUGCACUUUUUAGAGCGCAAGAAAAUUAUGGCGGUGAAAAUCCCCUCAAAAUUUGAAUUACGAAGAGUCUGUAAAGCGACCAACGCGACGACGUUGAUUAAACUAGGCAAACCUAAACCGGACGAGUUAGGGUACGCGUCGAAAAUCGACGUCGUGGAAAUCGGCGACUCGAAAGUGUUGGUUUUAAAACAAGACGAUGCCUCUCGCGUGAGCACCAUCAUCUUGAGAGGCGCCACGGCGAACGCGAUGGACGAUUUAGAACGCGCCAUGGACGACGGCAUCAACGCGUACAAAGCGUUAAUGAGAGACUCGCGAGCGGUUGCUGCCGGAGGUGCGACUGAAAUCGCUCUCGCCAAACGCCUCAGCGACUACGCGAAAACCCAAACCGGCUUGGACCAAUACGCCAUCCAAAAAUUCGCGCAAGCUUUAGAACUCGUCCCGAGAACCUUAGCCGAAAACGCCGGCUUAGACGCCACCAGCGUCAUCGCCUCUUUAUACGCCGCGCACAGUAGUAGUAACAAAAAUAACAAUAGAAUGGGCGUGGACGUUUCCGGCGACCAGGAAACGGUCGAUCUCUGCGAAUCCGCCGGGAUCGUCGAUUUGUUGGAAGUCAAACACUGGGCGCUCAAGCUCGCCGUGGACGCCGCCAGAACCGUGUUGCGCGUAGACCAAAUCAUCAUGAGCAAACAAGCCGGAGGCCCGGGGCCGAACGACGCCAGAGCUGGUUAA